GUUUGGGACGCAGCCCUGUCUGUCCCUGCGUCGGCUGAUCUCCACUGCGCGCAUCCUCCCUCCUCUACGCUCCUGAUCCUCUUAUCCACCGAAGAAGCGGAUAAAGAUGGAUGUAGUCAACCAGUUGGUCGCCACUGGGCAGUUCACUGUCAUCAAACAGCCUUUAGGAUUCAUCAAGAUCCUACAAUGGUUUUUCGCCAUCUUUGCUUUCUCCACCUGCGGCUCUUACUCCGGAGUCUUCCGCUUGAGUGUGGAGUGUAAGAACCGCACGGAUAGCGACCUGGACAUCGCUGUUGAGUUCUCCUACCCAUUCAGACUCCAUCAAGUGUGGUUUGACGUGCCCAAAUGUAAAGGUCCUGAGCAGGAGCGUCUGUUCCUUGAAGGUGACUACUCUUCCUCGGCUGAGUUCUUUGUCACUACUGGGGUUUUGUCCUUCCUCUACUCUAUGGCAGCUCUGUCCGUCUACAUUUUCCUCCUUGAGAAAUAUCGUGAGGGAAACCGUGGCGCACGUAUCGAUUUUGUGGUGACGGCUAUUUUCACCUUCUUUUGGUUGGUGAGCUCAUCGGCAUGGGCUAAAGGCCUCUCGGAUGUUAAGGAAAACACCGACCCUGAUGAGGUCAUCAAACUCAUACCAGCCUGUCGGCAUGAGGACAACCGCUGUCAAGAAGUGCACGAGCCUAUUGUGUCUGGCCUAAACACGUCCGUGGCAUUUGGCUUUUGUAACCUGGUGCUAUGGGCAGGAAACCUCUGGUUUGUGUUUAAGGAGACUGGCUGGCUCAGUGCUUUUUCUAGCACCUACGUGCCCUCGGGAGCAAAACAGCCAGCACCUGACACCUACGCCCAGGCUGGUUAUGGUCAAGACCCUUAUGCUGGCUCUCAGGGUGGGUAUCAACCCGACUACGGGCAACAACAGGGCGGAUACGAAGGAGGAAGCUACAACCAGGGAGGAUAUGAUCAGGGCGGACCGACUUCCUUCUCUAAUGAAAUAUGAGUAAAUUCGCACAGAACAGCAGCUCUACACAGAGCAAUGGAGAGGGUGGUUAUAUAACCAAGGAGAAAGGAGCCUGCCUAUUACCCAUGAUCCCACACUCCUCUGUUACCCCGUAUGAACAACGUGUGUACAGUCUGAGGG